CUCCACGGUAGUUUUACCAAACAAGACUUUAGUACUAGUAUAUACGAAGUACGCCGUAUUAAUUACGGGUAAUCUCCAACCCUGCAAGGCUGCAAAUCUUCCUUUCUCUCUCCACUCUCGAUUAUUGAAGAUCUGAAUUCAAAAGUGGAAAGCGAGAGAGAGAAAUCAAGGCAUUAUACGGUCUUCAAUUAAUCCCCAAAUAUUUAGGGCUGGCUUGAUCUUGAAUUUUCGAUUCAAUUGGUAAAUGUUUGCAAUUGAGGCUUAAAUUUCAGAUGCAAUUAGGGUUUUUUUCUUCUGUAAAUUGCAUCAGGAAUGAAAUUUUGCGGAGUUAAUUAAGGAGGAAAUAAUGGUGGCAUCUAGGAUUUUGAUUGGAGGAGGAGGAGGAGAUGAAGGAAAAUUGAGAGACGAAGAGAGUGCGAAAAUGGAGGAUUCGCCGUCGAGCAAGAAGACGAGAUUAGACGGUAGGUUUCCAUUGACGAGGUGGGAGCUAGCUGUUGCUAUGACGGUGUUCUCCGUCUUCGUCAUCGGGUUGUUCUUCAUUUUCAUGAAAAUGCCUGCUGCUGAGUAUGGCAAGAUUAAGGUUCCUCGCACCAUCUCUGAUCUUCGAUUGCUCAAAGAUAACCUUGCAAUAUACGCAAAUGACCAUCCAGCACAAUUCAUUCUUGGUUACUGCUCAGUAUAUAUCUUCAUGCAGACUUUCAUGAUUCCUGGGACUAUCUUUAUGUCUUUGCUUGCUGGUGCUCUCUUUGGUGUUUUUAGAGGCCUUCUCUUGGUUGUGUUUAAUGCAACUGCUGGAGCAUCAUGUUGUUAUUUUCUGUCUAAGCUGAUUGGGAGGCCUAUAGUUAACUGGUUAUGGCCUGAAAAGUUGAGAUUUUUCCAAGGAGAGACUGCAAAGCGUAGGGAGAAGUUGAUGAAUUACAUGCUUUUCUUGAGGGUCACCCCAACCCUGCCUAAUCUUUUUAUCAACUUGGCGUCUCCCAUAGUGGAUGUACCAUUUCAUGUCUUUUUUCUAGCUACAAUUGUUGGUCUUAUUCCUGCCUCAUUUAUCACUGUAAGGGCUGGCCUUGCGCUUGGGGAGCUGAAGUCUGUGAAAGAUCUGUAUGAUUUCAAAACACUGGCUGUGCUUUUUCUGAUAGGUUCUGUCAUUAUAUGUCCUGCUGUUCUGAAGAGGAAGAGAACCUAUGAAUAAGUGAGGUAAUUGUUACUUGUGAUUUUACGGUUGAUGACCCUCAUGGCUCUAACAGUCUAGCAGAACCUGAUGACCCUCAUGGCUCCAACAGAACCUGAUGACAACCCUCUGUUUGUUACGUAUGAUUUUACGGUUGACGAGGUAAAUGUCGACUUGUGGUCAUUGUGGACCAUAAGAUUUGAUUGACACAAUCACGCAUAUAACAUUUGAUUGACCUAGAGGUUUUAGUCUUAAUCCGUGGAUUACUUGUAGAAGAGUAAGAUUGGUGGUGCAAUUAUACUUUGGAUGUCUGUAAUCUGCCCAUGUUCCUUUUACCUUAGAAAAUGGUUCUAGGACUUCUUCUAACCAUUGUAUGAAUCAAUAUGUUGGUUGCAGCAUUUGCAAUACUUUAUAGUAUAUGUAAAGAUUGUAAACAUAGUUUACUUUGGACGUACGUCCUCCAGAGUCCAGUCAUACUUGUGAAUAUCAUUAGCAUUUUUUAAUUUCCCUUGAAUAUCAUGAAAUUCUGUGAGCUUAUUAUUUUUUA